AUGAGUUCUAUAGCAGAGAUCGUUGAUUUGAUCGAGAAGUUAUAUUCUCCUAAUCCUUCACAGGAGGUAAACCAGAUUCAACAGAGGUUACAAACUAUCCAGAAAUCUCAUGAUGGGUUUCAUGUAGCCAAUGAAUUAUUAAAGAUUGGAAGUUAUCCAUCAAAUGUCAAUUAUUUUGGUGCUCUAACCCUUACUGUUCAAUUAAACACUAAUGUAAACUCAUUUGAGACUCUUUGGAAAUUAUUUAGAGUUAAUUUGAUUCAUUUGGCUAAUUUUUGCAAUUUUUAUGUUUCAAAUCCACAAGUGAAUGCUCAACUUUUAACUACAAUUAAAAAGCUUAUGUCAAAUUUAUCUUUGAUAUAUACAAAUAUAAAUGAAAACGAACCAACUGCUUCAAACGAAGAUCAGGUUUCUUCUUGGAAUAAUCCUUUAAAUACAUUACUUGUUUUAUUAUCACAAUCUAAUAAUCUAACUAAUGAACAAUGGCAAAAUUUUGAAGAUCCACAAUUGGAAAUGUUUUUGAAGAAUUCUGUUAAUGCAGAAGUACAAUAUGAACAAUUGAUUAAUUUUAUUAAUACAAAUCCAGUAUAUAAUAUGAUUCUAAUCAUUUUUACUGAAAUUAUAGUUGAAGAUUUGACAAAAUACCAAUCAAGAAAGGCUACAAUGACAAAUGUUUAUAAAGUGUUACAUGAUCAUUUAUACAUCACGACUAUGGCUUUAAUGAAUUAUAAUUUAACAAUGACGCAAUCUAGAGAUGACAUCUUGUAUUCAUCUAUUAAUGCUUGGAUCAGUUGUAUUUCAGUAUUUAGAAAUAUCUCAUCCCAUGGUAAUAUGGAUUUAACUGAAUUGUUCAGCAACCUUAUCACUUUAAUGUGUUGUUCAUCAGCUGAAACUGAUAACUUUGUAGAGGCUGAAAAGAUUUUAAGCAUCUUUACUGGUGUAUUUGCCAAUGAUCCUACCCUAAUCAAUUAUGAAUUGAGAUCUGAGAUUGAAACAAUAUUCCUUGGUGUAUCAAGAAAAAUUAAUGCAGAUACAUCAAAAAAUGCAUGGAUGCUUCAAUAUAUGAACCACUUGGUAACUAAUGAAAUGACCAAUGAACUAAGAGAACUUGCUGGGUGUAUUGUGGAUUUCUUACAAAUCAACACAUUAGACGUGUGCAAUAAGCUAUUUGUAAAUAUACCAUCUCAAAACAUUAAUCCAAAUUACUUGGAAGAAUAUAUCAAAGUUCUAUUGCAAUUAACCAAUUUCCCUUUGACUCCAGUGUUACAAGAAGCAUUUUCUGUUAGAAUGGUGGAUUUCUGGAUGGACUUGUCUGAAAGCUAUUCCAACUUAGCCCCAGAGACCUUAUCACCUGAAGCUCCUGAAAGAGCAGUGGGGAUAUUCCAACAAGUUGUAAGCAUUUAUCUUCCAAAAAUCAGUUUGUUAAUUAAACAAAAGAUAAUUGAUGAAGAUGGUGAAGAUUCUUCUUUACACGAAUUUGAAGACUUUAGAACUGCAACUUCAGAUAUGAUAGAAUCUUUAUGGUCAGUUUUAGGUAACGAUAAGUUAACAAAUGUCCUAAUAGAGGGUGUCUCCAAUGCAAAUACCUCACAAAACUCUGCGGAUAUCGACGUGUUCCAAACAGAAGCCAUGUCAUUCUUACUGAACAAAUUACUUGUAGAUAUGACAUUAUCUGAAAGUCCUUGGAUUUGUGAUAUUAUUGGUUCUAAUAAGAUGUUCAUUCAAAAUGUAAUUUUCCUAUUUCAAUCAGGAAUGCAGAGUUCAGCUCAGACUGCAUCAUCCAAGCAUUUGAAAUUAGAUUCUAUUAGGACUAGUUCCAGUCUAUUAGGAACUUUAUCUGGAUAUUUCAUACAAGAUAAUUCUCAAUUGAGCUCUUGUGUAGAAUCAUUAUUCCAAGGGUUGCAAGGUUGUACAGUCAAUACCAAUGACAACAAUAAGGAACUGAAUGAGAAAUUAGAGACUAUUGUUAUUAGAUCAAUUCAUACUAUUUUUGAAGUAUGCAGGAAAGAAUUGUCGUCGUAUUUAGACCACUUUUUAUCCAUAUUAAGCUCCAUUUUGAAAUCAGACUCUAACGUUUCCAACUUUACAAGAGAAAAAUUAAUUCAUUCUGUCGGUUACUUAAUUCAGGCCAGAACAUCAAAUGGUCCACAGGAGCAAGGUAGAUAUAUCCUACAAUUGGUGGAAAAUAUUACAGAGUUGAUCAAAAGCUCAGGAAAUCUUCCAUUUCAACAACAGCGCGAUUAUGUCCAUAGUCUGUUGACAUGCAUUUCAGAACUUGGAUCCUCCUUAAUUCCGUCUGAUGAAGAGGAAGAUAUUGAAUUCUUAAAAAGAAUACAUGAAUUCGAAGAGUUCUGGAGAAUGGAUCCCUUGCAAGUCAGAAAUAAAGUGACUGAAUUGUUAGAUCUAGUUUUAUCCGAUCCUCAGUAUCAGAAAGAUUCGAGAUUUGCCGAAGUCUGUUGUUUAAUCAUGGGUAAGGCAUUGGUUGUAAAUGAUGGUCCUCAUUUCUUGGCUUAUUCAAUGACAGAAAUCAUGGAAUUCGUUAUGAAGCAUUUGCCAAAUUCUGAACUAUCCACUUCUUUACCAUAUUAUACAUAUUUACUAGAAAGAAUGAUUGUUAAGUUCAAAGAAACAUUAACUCCGAAAGAUAUUGAUUUUAUGUUUGAAAGAUUCUUCCUUUCAUACUACCAACAAUCAAUUCAAAAUGACCCUGACCUACUGCAAACAGUAAUCAAUUUUGUCAAUUGCAUACUAGAUUUGAAACCAUCAUUGAUAAUCUAUACUAAAUACUGGGAUAUAUUUAUCCUUCCAGAGUUUUUAAAAUUACUACCAUCUAGAGAAAAAUUCACCAUAUUUGCAACAACUAAGUUCUUUACAAAAUUAAUCAACAACAAAAGAUACACACAAGAAGAAUUACAAAAGACAAGCCAAGAUGUUAUCUCAUUGGGACAAGACAUUACUUAUCAAACAAUGUAUGGUUUAUUCAACACUCAACGUUCUGAUCUUAACUGCUAUACCGAUCUAAUCAGAGCAUUGAUAGCAAAAUUCCCAAUGCAAACAAAACAAUGGCUAAUGACUGCAUUACCAACCAUAUGUGACAAUAAUCCUGCCCAUGAAAAGCUAAUUCAAAAGUUAUCUGUAACCAGAGGUAAUCGUGCUGCCAGCAACGUAUUAUUAGAAUGGUGGUUAGAAUGUAACUCAUUACCAAGCUUGUAA